UUCCGUUUAUGUAAGAUUAGUUGGGAGGUGAGCGAUGAAGAAGUUGUUAUUGGCUAUUUGGGAUAGGGAAUUGGGAAUAGGGAAGCUACGGAGAUGAGCUCUUUCUAGGGUUUAUGGUUGGGAUCUCAUGAUAUAGGCAGGUGUUAUUUGGUAACUUCCAUUUGGAUAGUUGUUUAUUUGAAUUUGGAAAUUCUUCUUUUUCCUUGUAUUCGAGUUCAUUGUCAACAGAACGUUGAAUGUGUCGAGUCCCAUAACUCGUAUAUCAAUACAUCAUACAACAUUCAAGCGAGAACUCGAAGCCUUUGGAUCAGUUCAUCUUCUUCUGUAGCGGACAAGGAUAAUACGUCAGUACUAUAAAUAGAAUACCAAUUUCAGACAAGCUGCUACAACAUCAAGAAAAACAGUACGCUCUCGAAACUCACCACCAUUCAGUCUCCGGCGAUAAGUCUUUACAUCAUAUUUAUCUUCUAUAAGGAUGGAGACUAUUUGGGUUGAUUGGACAUGUUCUCAUUGUGGUUGGGCGGAUAAUAUUGCCCCUCGAGAUGCUCCACGUUUUAAGUGUGAUUUUUGUGGGUUUUUUACUUAUGAUGUUCUUACUCGAACAGGGAUUAUUCAAGAAGGCACUCUUCGAGAAGAUAGUCCUCAAGAAGAUACUCUACAAAAAGAUACUUUACGAAAAGAUACCUUACAAGAAGAUACUACUCAGAAAGACACUUUUCAAAAGGACACUGUUCAGAGCAAUAUUCCCCAGGCUGCUACUCAGACGAACAAUCCUCCACUACAAGAGGAGAAUGCCCAGAAAGAAAAUCUUCACAAAAACACUCCAAGUGAUAUUUCUCCAAAAGGCACUGCUCAGGAAGACGCCCCGGUCUGACUACUUUUUCGCCGCGACUGUGAGUUUUUAUAUAGCAUAACCCUACCAUGAUGAAGACUAACAAGAUUCAGAUGUCAACGAAUAAAUAGAUUAAUAUCAGGCUAGAUUUAUAGGAAUCCGGAUCCACGCCCGGAGAUGUUUGGUUGUUAACCGUGGAUCGUGUAUGUAUAUGGAUGUGGG